AUGGCACAUGACCAACGACUGUACGACCCGUUUUUGCGCCCGCCAAGUGUUUAUGAUCGACUGCAGAGAAAACCAGAGCGCCAAGCGCGCCAAGGUCCUCCAUUCGUAACUAUCGUGAUCUCCUCAAAUAGCUCCGUGGAGCAAGGAGUCCGCUCCACUGGGCGGGUUUCAGAUGCAGAUGCGACGCAAUUGCAGAUCUGA